AAGAGACUGGUAUAUUUUGUCCUGGAACUUGGUCAGUUAAUUCAUCAGUCUUCAGGACGUUGGCAACCGAGUAAGAACGAGAAAUCGUCAAGUGAAUAAAAAUGUGGGCGGCAAUAUUUUUCGUCACUUUAAUUGCAUCGACGUCAGCUGGGAAAUUUGGUGAUUCCCUUAAACAGUGCGACUCCAAUAACCAAGCUGCCUUAAACAAUUGCCUUUUUAAGAUCGUCGAGGAUUUGAAACCUUUCAUGCCCACAGGAAUUCCGGAAAUCAAUGUCCCCGUUUUGGAUCCGAUGUUCAUCAGCAGCAUUAAUUUGGUGCAAGGCGAAUUCAGGUCGACUUUCUCUCAGAUCCAAGUCCGUGGAUUGUCCAAGUUCAUCACUAACAGUGUGACGGCCGAUCCGGAUGCGAUGACAAUGAAACUUCGACUUUCAAUUCCCGAGUUGCGUAUAACUGGUCAGUACAAAGUUUCUGGAAGGAUCUUCGUUCUUGCUGUCGAAGGAACUGGCACAUUUUGGAACAUUCUAAGCAACGUCACUGUUGACGCCACGAGCAAUUUAGUUUUGAAGGGAAAUCCACCAAACCAGAACCUCCAGGUGGCCAACAACGCCCUUGACUUAAAUGUUGGCAAAAUGCGUAUGAGGUUGAACAACCUUUUCAACGGUGAUCCCAUUUUAGGCGAGACAGUUAACAAUUUCCUGAAUGAGAACUCGCAAGAAGUCUUCGCUGAAGUGAAACCAGAAAUGGCCAGACAAGUAGGAGAACUCGUCAUUAAAGUUAUGAACGAUGCCAUGGGUGCCCUUCCAGCUGAAAAGUUUGUGUCGACCAGGAGGAGAACAUGAACAUAAUAUCCAUUGCGUGGCAGCCUGUGACUAGAGACUCUUUGAUCAAUCUCAAAUCGGAGGAUUUAUAUGCAAGUUUCAAUGUCUGA